AUGAUGCUACAUAAACUAAUCAAAAAGGUUUCAUUAACUUAAAGCAAUAUGGUGAAAUACUUUUGUAAUAUUUAAGUUAAAGACAUAAAUCAAUAAAGAGAAGUAGAUUAAAAACUUGAAAAGUAUUAUUUAGGUAUUCAUUUAGGAAAUACAAAUCUUUACUCUGCAAAAAAAAGAUAUGAUACUCCAUUUAAAAUACCUAACUCUGAAAAUUAGAAUGGAAUUCUAAGUUAUGUUUCUUUUCUCAAUGAUGGAAAUUCUUUAGAUGGCUAGUCAAUUAAAGAUUUAAUAUAGAUGAAAAUAAAUUCAACUUUUUAUGGAGCAAAACGAUUUAUUGGAAUGAAAUUUGAUGAUCCUAUAAUACUACAAAAUUCUGAGAAAUUACCUAAAAAUAUAGUUAGAAAUUAGAACGGAGAUGUUUGCUUUUAAUUUGAUAAUUAAAUACUCACUCCAGAGUAAGUUUGCUAAAAAUUUAUAUCUUAGCUUAAGUAAAUAGCUGAUUCUAAUUGUGAAUCUAAGCUAAUUACUGUUCCAGACUACUACAAUGACAAGUAAAGGGAAAUCUUUUUAGAAUUAGUUUAAGAUUUAAAUAUUCGAGGUUUAAGAAAUUAAUCUACCAGUGUUUUAUAUGCAAAUGAUCAUUUAAACUAAUAAAAUAAUAGGUUAAUUGCUAUAUAUCAUUUAGGGGGAUAUACAUUUAAUAUUUCUAUAAUACAUUUUGAAGAUGGUUUUUAUGAUAUAAAAGAAACUUAAAGUGAUAUUUUUAGUGGAGGAGAAGAAAUUAAUAAUUUACUUUCUGAAUAUAUUGCAAAAUAAAUUCUUUCUUAAACAGGAAUUGAUAUCACUAGGUGUGAAAGUGCAAUUCAAAAUUUAAGAGAUGUUACUGAAAAGGCAAAAUGUGAACUCUCUUAAAAUGAUAUCGCCAAUAUAAAUUUAGAAUAUUUCUUACCUAAUAGCAUUGAACGUAGGUGCUUUAGCUGCUCAAUCACAAGACUUUAGUUUGAAGAAAUUUGCCAAGAAUUUUUGGAAAAUACAAUUAGGCUUUGUGAAAAAUGUCUCAAAGAUUCAGGUUUCUCUAAGGAUAAUAUUGAUAAAGUUAUUUUAACAGGAGGUUCAACGAGAAUACCUCUUGUUUAGAAACUUGUAUCUGAAUAUUUUGGAAAAUAAAUUUAUUAAAAUAAUCUUUAAUUUGAUGGAGAUAAAGCUAUGGGUAAUGCUAUAUUAAGCGAAACGUUCAGUUAAUUAUUUAAAAAUAAAAACUUCUUUAUUCCGUUUAAUUUAGGUAUAGAAAUAGCUGGUGGAUGCGUUUAUUGGAUGGUUGAGAGAUCUAUGAAACUUCCCAUAAAGGUUUCUUAAGUUUUUUCAACUAAUAUUGAUAACUAGACAAGUGUUUCUAUAAAAAUUAUAUUAGGAGUUAAUCCUUAGGCAAAUUAAAAUAAGCUGCUUUAUAAAAUUAAUUUAACUGAUAUUAAACCUCUUCCUAAAGGUGUUCCUGAAAUAAAAAUAACUUUGACAAUUAAAGAUAAAGACAUUCUUGUUGUAAAUGUUAAAGAUAUGAACAGCCUGAAAGAAUAAGAAGCUAUAAUUGAAUCAUAUUCAAAUGUAAAUUAGGAAGAAUUGGAAAAAAUAAAUGAACAUUAUUUCAAUUAGAUAGAUAGGUUUUGA